AUGAACGUUGUAAAAGACGUAAAGACGAACAUUCAAAAGAUAAUAGAAUCGAAAAUGAUGUUGGCGAUAUUGGUAAUGGAAAGUAUUGAAUCAGAAGAGGAGAUUAUUCUGGAAAAUAUCGAACCAGAGGAGGAGGAGGAGGUAGAAAUUAUGGAAGUUAAAGAAGAACAUCUAGAAGAGGAUAUUAUAGAAGCCAUGGGUCCUCCGAUUAGUAAUGAAUCUUCAUAUGGUCAACCAAUACAUCCGGAGAUUUAUAAAAGGGUCGAAGGUAUUUUGAUGGAAGGCUUGACUAAAGAAAAAAUCGAAACAUAUAAAAAAGAACAACUAAUACCAGAAAAUACCAUUUUGUUAGAGGCACCACUACUGAAUCCUGAAUUACACAUGAUACAGGAGUCAGUAAAAACAAGAGAUAAAAAAAUUGAGAACCGCCAAAAUUCAUUAGGAUUAGCCACAGGCACAAUAUUAAAAGGUGUUGAUAAUUUAACCAAACAAAAUUUUAAUAAAUUAGAUAUCAUAAAAAACAUGACAGAGGCGGCCAGAAGGCCAUCUCCAUUCAGAAGAUACGGUAAUAAGAAAAAAUUUGUUAAUACCUCACUUAGAUAA